AUGAACGGCCACGCCUCUCCUCUCGAUGUCCUCGUCACCAAUGGCACCGAGCCUGCCAUCAUCCACAAGAUCACGAAGUCCGUGCUGGAAGCUGGUGCCCCCUCCGGGCACCAGGCCAGGAGCAUUGCUGGGGUCCACGUGGAGGCCUCGGGUCAGACCCAGAGCCUCUAUGCCGCCAUGAAGCAGGGCCUCCUGCCCGAUGGGCUCGGGCUGGCCCUGCUGGAGGCCCAGGCGGCCACUGGGGGCCUCGUAGACCCUGCCCAAGGCCAGCUGCUCCCCGUAUCUGAGGCUCUGCAACAGGGUCUGGUAGGCCUGGAGCUGAAGGAGAAGCUGCUGGCUGCAGAGCGCGCAGUCACUGGGUACCCUGACCCCUACGGGGGUGAAAAGCUGGCCCUCUUCCAGGCCAUCGGGAAGGAGGUUGUGGACCGCACACUGGGGAUGAGCUGGCUGGAGGCCCAGCUGGCCACGGGGGGCCUGGUGGACCCCAGCCGGGGUGUGCGUGUAGCCCCAGAGCUGGCCUGCCAGCAGGGCCUCCUGGACCAGGAGAUGUGGCGCAGCCUCUCGGAGCGGGAGCCGGGCUGGCUGGACCCCAACACGCUGGAGCGGCUGUCCUACAGUCAGCUGCAGGGCAGGUGUGUGCCAGCCCCUGGCACAGGGCUGGCCCUGCUGCCCCUCAAGGUCACUUUCUAUACCCUGAGUGGGGCGGCCAGCUUGGCUGAGCUGCUGGAGGCAGGGAUCCUGGACGAGGAGACAGCCCGCGGCCUGCAGGAGGGCACGCUGGCCGCGCCAGAUGUGGGCGCGUGGCCCCAGGUGCAGUGCUAUCUGCAGGGCACAGGUGGCGUGGCGGGGGUCGUCCUGAUGCCCGCUGGCCACAAGAAGAGCUUCUGCCAGGCCGUCACUGAGCACUUGCUCCCUGUGGGCACCAUUCUUCCUCUCCUGGAGGCUCAGGCCGCCACCCGCACGCUGGUGGACCCAGCCACCGGCCGACGGCUCUGUGUGGAUGAGGCGGUCAAGGUGGGCCUGGUCGGCCCAGAGCUUCACGGGCAGCUCCUGGACGCAGAGCAGGCAGUGACGGGGUACCACGACCCCUUCAGCGGCACCCGCCUCUCCCUUUUCCAGGCCAUGAAGAAGGAACUGGUGGACAGGCCUCGGGCACUGCGGCUACUGGAUGCCCAGCUGGCCACGGGCGGGCUCGUGUGUCCGGACCGCAGGCUCCGGCUGCCCCUGGAGGCUGCCCUGCGCUUCGGCUGCCUGGACGAGGAGACACAGCAGUGUCUCUCGCAGGCCACAGGCUUCUCCGACCCUACCACGCAGGACAGCCUCAGCUACGAGCAGCUGCUGGCCCGCUGUGUCACCGACCUCGAGACGGGGCUGGCCUUUCUGCCCCUCUCAGGGGGGGCCCUUGCAGAGGAGCCACAGGGACCCCCGUUCAUUGAGUACAGCACCCGGCAAGCCUUGAGUGCAGCCAUGACCACCGUCCCCGUGGGUAAGGCCCAGGGCCAGCCCACGUCAUUGUGGGAGCUGCUCUUCUCCGAGGCUGUCUCCGUGGGGCAGAGGGCAAUGCUGGCCCAGCAAUACAAGGAAGGGACUCUCUCGGUGGAGGACCUGGCAGCUGCACUGAGGGCCACCCUGGAGCAGGCUGCAGCCACUGCCAGGACCACCUUUGCGGGGCUGAGGGUCGCUGUGACACCGGGAGAGCUGCUGAGAGCGGAGAUCAUUGGCCAGGACGUGUAUGAGCAGCUGGCUCGGGGACAGACCACAGCCCAGGACGUGGGCAGCCUGGGCUCAGUGCAGAGGUACCUGCAGGGCACUGGCUGCGUCGCUGGCCUGCUGCUGCCUGGCUCCCAGGAGCGGCUCAGCAUCCACGAGGCUCAGAGGAAGGGGCUCCUGCGGCCGGGCACAGCUCUCAUCCUGCUGGAGGCGCAGGCGGCCACCGGCUUCAUCAUCGACCCGAAGGAGAACAAGAGGUACUCCGUGGAGGAGGCACUGCGGGCCGGCGUCAUCGGGCCCAGCGUGUAUGCGAAGCUGCUGUCGGCCGAGCGCGCCGUCACCGGCUACACCGACCCGUACACCGGGGAGCAGAUCUCGCUCUUCCAAGCCAUGAAGAAGGACCUGAUCGUCCGGGACCACGGCAUCCGCCUGCUGGAGGCCCAGAUCGCCACGGGCGGCAUCAUCGACCCCGUGCACAGCCACCGCGUGCCCGUGCAUGUGGCCUACCAGCGCGGCUACUUCGACCAAACACUGAACUUGAUCUUGGCGGACCCGAGUGACGACACCAAGGGCUUCUUCGACCCCAACACGCACGAGAACCUCACGUACCUGCAGCUGCUGGAGCGCUGCGUGCGUGACCCCGAGACCGGCCUAUACCUGCUGCCACUCAGCAGUGCGCGGCCCCAGCUGGUGGACGCCGCCACGCGGCAGGCCUUCCAGAGCCGGCUGCUGUCAGUGAAGUGCGGGCGGUUCCGGGGGCGGCGGGUGUCCGCGUGGGAGCUGGUCAACUCGGAGUGCUUGAGCGAGGCCCGCAGGAGGCAGCUCCUGCACAGCUACCGGAUGCGCGCGGUCUCCCUGGACCAGGUCGUGCAGCUGCUGGAGAGAGAGGUAGUGAGGUGUGCCGACAUCACGUUGCCUGCGCUGCGGGGCCGCGUCACCGCCUACCAGCUCCUGGAGGCCCAGGUCAUUGACCAGGAGCUGCUGGACCGAGUGCUGGCUGGGGAGGUCAGCCCUGAGGCUUUGCUGCGCAGGGACGGCAUCCGUAAGCACCUGCAGGGCUCCGGCGCCGUGGGGGGGGUGCUACUGCAGCCCUCGCUUCAGCAGCUCAGCCUCUACCAGGCCAUGAAGCAGAAGCUGCUGGGGCCAGGAGUGGCGCUGGCCCUGCUGGAGGCCCAGGCCGCCACCGGAGCCCUCACCGACCCCCACAGUCUAGAGACUCUGUCGGCAGCAGAGGCCGUGCGCAGGAAGCUGGUGGGGCCAGAGCUGUAUGCCAGGCUGAGACGGGCCGAGGACGCCGUGACUGGCUUCCGAGACCCCUUCUCUGGGGAACGAGUGUCCCUGUUCCAGGCCAUGAAGAAGGGCCUUGUCUGUGCAGAGCAGGCUGCCCGCCUCUUGGAGGCCCAAGUGGCCACGGGAGGGGUCAUUGACCCCUCAGAACACUACCACCUGCCCAUGCCCAUGGCCGUCCAGCGUGGCUGCAUCGACCAUGAGAUGGAGACAGCCCUGGCCAGAUCCUCGGAGACCUUUCCCACACUGGAUGGCCAGGGACACACCAGCUAUGCCCGGCUUCUGGAGCAGUGUCUGAGGGACGAGGCUUCUGGCCUUUACCUCUUACCGCUGCCGGAAAGUGCCUCUGCCAUGCCCACAGACCAGCAGGUCCGGGAGACCUUGCAGGCCACGCAGGGGGCCGAGGACGGCACAUCCCUCUGGGACCUGCUGCACUCCAGCCACUUCACCGAGGAGCAGCGGAGGGACUUCCUGGAAGACGUCAGGGCGGGGAGGACCACCGUGCAGCAGCUCCAGGCGGCCGUGCAGACAUGGGUGCGGGGCGCGGAGCUCCUGGCACGGGCCCACGUCACCCUGCCCGGCCCACGGGGCAAGGUCCCCGCUGUCUGGUUGCUGGACGCUGGCAUCAUCUCCCAGGAGAUGCUGGCGGCACUGGCUCAGGGCACGCGCUUGCCUGCCGAGGUCGCCGAAGAGCCUGCGGUGAAGGCCUGCCUGCGGGGCACAGGGUGUGUGGCGGGCGUGCUGCUGCAGCCCUCAGGGACCAAGGCCAGCAUCAGCCAGGCCAUGAAGGAUGGCCUGCUGCCCGCGGGCCUGGGGCAGAGACUGCUGGAGGCGCAGGUGGCAUCUGGCUCCCUCAUCGACCCUCUGACGAACCAGAGACUGUCAGUGGAAGGUGCGGUCAAGGCCGGCCUGGUGUGUGGGACACUGAGCGAGCGGCUCCAGCAGGCCGAGAGGGCAGUGGCCGGCUACACGGACCCAUACUUGGGGGGCUCCCUCUCACUGUGGCAGGCCAUGGAGAAGGGACUUGUGCCCCAGAGCGAGGGCCUCCCCCUCCUGCAGGCACAGCUGGCCACGGGGGGCGCCAUGGACCCCAUCUAUGGGGUGCACCUGCCCCAGGCGGCAGCCUGCAGGCUGGGCCUCCUGGAUGAGCCAACAAGCCAGGCACUGGCUGGGACAGAUGAGGACAGUAAGUUCUUCUUUGACCCCAGCACACGGGACAAGGUGACAUACCAGCAGCUCAAGGAGCGCUGUGUCCUUGAUGCCGACACCGGCCUGUGGCUGCUUCCGCUCCCCCAGGACGUGGUGCUUGAGGUGGACGACCACACAGCAGUGGCUCUGAGAGCCAUGAAGGUGCCCGUCGGUGCUGGGAGGUUCAAGGGGCUCACAGUGUCCCUGUGGGACCUGCUGCACUCAGAGUACGUCACCGUCCAUAAGCGGCGGGAGCUGGCAGCACUCUGCCAGUCCGGGAGGGCCACGGCCCUGCGGCAGGUGGUCAGCGCAGUCACCGCCCUGGUUGAGGCAUCAGAAGGGAAGGCCUCACACGCUGUGUUCAGGGGACUCCGGAAGCAAGUGUCAGCCAGCGACCUGUUCAGGUCCCAGCUGAUCGACAAGAAGACUCUGGAUGAGCUGAAUAAGGGGACGAGGACCGUGCAGGAGGUGACGGAGAUGGACAGCGUGAGGCAGUUUCUAGAAGGAGGCAACUUCAUCGCCGGGGUCCUUGUCCAGGGCACAAAGGAGAGGAUGAGCAUAUCAGAGGCCCUGAGGAGGCACAUCCUGCGGCCGGGCACGGCCCUGGUGCUGCUGGAGGCCCAGGCCGCCACCGGCUUCGUCAUCGACCCCGUGGAGAACCGGAAGCUGACCGUGGAGGAGGCGUUCGCGGCUGGGAUGUUCGGCAAGGAAACCUACCAGAAGCUGCUGUCGGCCGAGCGCGCCGUCACCGGCUACACCGACCCCUACACCGGGGAGCAGAUCUCGCUCUUCCAGGCCAUGAAGAAGGACCUGAUCAUCCGGGACCACGGCAUCCGCCUGCUGGAGGCCCAGAUCGCCACGGGCGGCAUCAUCGACCCCGUGCACAGCCACCGCGUGCCCGUCCACGUGGCCUACCAGCGUGGCUACUUCGACGAGGAGAUGAACCGCGUCCUGGAGGACCCGAGCGACGACACCAAGGGCUUCUUCGACCCCAACACGCACGAGAACCUCACGUACCUGCAGCUGCUGGAGCGCUGCGUGGAGGACCCCGAGACCGGCCUGUACAUGUUACAGAUCGUAAAGAAAGGAGACCCGUACGUAUACAUCGAUGAGGCCACAAGGCAGGCUCUGCGGUCCAGGGCUGUGACGAUGCGCGUGGGCAGGUUUGCCGGCCAGAAGGUCUCCGUCUGGGAUCUGCUGUCCUCACAGUACUUCUCGGAAGACCAGCGGCGGAAGCUGGUCCAGCAGUACAGAGCGCAGACCGUGCGCCUGGACAAGCUGCUCGAGAUCAUCACCACCACAGUUGAAGAGACAGAGAAACGAAACCGAGGCAUCAGGAUGGCCGGCAUCGGUGGGGAAGUGACAGCCGCAGACUUGUUCAACGCCGAGAUUGUCGACAAAAAGACCCUGGACUCGCAGCACAGAGGGAAAGGUGAGGGACAGGACCUCAGCAAGCUGGAGCACGUGAAGAUCUACCUGGAAGGCCGCGGCUGCAUUGCAGGGGUAACUGUCCCCGCCACCCAGGAGGUGAUGAGCAUCCACGAGGCCAGCACGAGGGGACUCAUCCCCGCGGGGUUCGCGGCUCUGCUGCUGGAGGCACAGGCGGCCACGGGGUUCAUGCUGGACCCCCGCAGCCAUCAGAGGCUCUCCGUGGACCAGGCUGUGGCCGCCGGCCUGGUGGGUGAGGAGCUGCAGGAAAGGCUCUGGAAUGCGGAAAAGGCCGCCAAGGGCUACACGGACCCAGCCACAGGGGACACGCUCCCGCUGUUGGAGGCCAUGGAGAGGAAGCUAGUGAGUCGGGAGGAGGCCCUCAGACUGCUGGAGGUGCAGGUGGCCACAGGGGGAGCCAUAGACCCUCUGCGCCACCUCCGGCUCCCACUGGAGACGGCGUAUAGACGCGGCUGUCUGAACCAGGACAUGUACCCGCUGGUUUCGGAUCAGAAGCACAUGAAAAAGAGAUUCGUGGACCCCAACACGCAUGAGAAGGUGACAUACCAGCAACUGCAGGAGAGGAGCCGCCGGGAGGAGGGGGAGGGCUGGGCUCUUUUCCCUGUGGUCCGGGAUGAAACAGAUGCCAUGUACAUCGAUGAAGCCACAAGGAGGGCCCUGGAGACCAAGCGGGUGGCAGUCACAGUGGGCAGGUACAGGGGAAAGAAGCCAUCGGUGUGGGAGCUGCUGAACUCUGAGUAUGUGACAGAGGAGGAAAAACUGGAGUUAGUCAGGAAAUACAAGAGCGCCACCGCAUGCGCAUUGGAGCAGGUGGUGAAGCUGAUCGUCGCCAUGAUCGAUGAGAAAGAGAAGAGCACGAAGCAGCUGUGGUUCAGAGGCUUCAGGAGACAGGUCACAGCCGCAGAGCUCUUGAAGUCGGCCGUUAUAACACAGGACAUGCUGGAGGACCUGGAGGGCGGACGCAGCACGGUGGAGGAUGUCAAACGGGAUGAUGGGGUCAGGCGCUACCUGGAGGGCACGGGCUGCAUCGCCGGCGUGCUGGUGCCCGCCAAGGACAAGCCCGGGCGGCAGGAGAAGAUGAGCAUCUACCAGGCCAUGUGGAAGGGCAUCCUGCGGCCCGGCACGGCCCUGGUGCUGCUGGAGGCCCAGGCCGCCACCGGCUUCGUCAUCGACCCCGUGCGCAACCAGAAGCUGUCCGUGGAGGAGGCGGUGGCCGCGGGCGUGGUGGCGGCGGAUCCCCUGCAGGGCCUGGCCCAGGGCACCAAGACCCUGCAGGAGGUGACGGAGAUGGAAUCGGUCAGGCGCUACCUGGAGGGCACGGGCUGCAUCGCCGGCGUGCUGGUGCCCGCCAAGGACAAGCCCGGGCGGCAGGAGAAGAUGAGCAUCUACCAGGCCAUGUGGAAGGGCAUCCUGCGGCCCGGCACGGCCCUGGUGCUGCUGGAGGCCCAGGCCGCCACCGGCUUCGUCAUCGACCCCGUGCGCAACCAGAAGCUGUCCGUGGAGGAGGCGGUGGCCGCGGGCGUGGUGGGCGGCGAGAUCCAAGAGAAGCUGCUGUCGGCCGAGCGCGCCGUCACCGGCUACACCGACCCCUACACCGGCGAGCAGAUCUCGCUCUUCCAGGCCAUGAAGAAGGACCUGAUCGUCCGGGACCACGGCAUCCGCCUGCUGGAGGCCCAGAUCGCCACGGGCGGCGUCAUCGACCCCGUGCACAGCCACCGCAUGCCCGUGCACGUGGCCUACCAGCGCGGCUACUUCGACGAGGAGAUGAACCGCGUCCUGGCGGACCCGAGCGACGACACCAAGGGCUUCUUCGACCCCAACACGCACGAGAACCUCACGUACCUGCGGCUGCUGGAGCGCUGCGUGCGUGACCCCGACACGGGGCUGUGCCUGCUGCCGCUGGCCAGCGGGGGCUCCGCCGUGUACCAGCUGAGCCAGGAGCUGCGCGGGGCCCUGCGUGACCUCCGCGUGACGCCCGGAGCCGGCGCCCUCCGGGGCCAGAGCGUCUCCGUGUGGGAGCUCCUCUUCUACCAGGAGGUGUCUGAGAGCCUGCGGCAGGACCUGCUGGGCAGGUACCGGGCGGGCACGCUGACCGCGCGGGAGGUGGGCGACUCGCUCACUUCGCUGCUGGCCCGGGCCGAGCAAGGGAGCCCGCGCCCGGCCCCCGGGGAGCCUCAGGGCGCCCUGCGUGCCGCCACCAUGGAGGUCAAGGUGGGCCGCCUGCGGGGUCCGGCAGUGCCCGUGUGGGACGUGCUGACAUCCAGCUACGUGAGCGCCGCCAGGCGGGAGCAGCUGCUGGCACAGUUCAGUUCGGGGAAGCUGGGCCUGCCCGCGCUGACCCGCCGGCUCACCACCAUCAUCGAGGAGGCCGAGGUGGCCGAGGUGGCCCAGGGGACCGGACACGAGCAGGGGACCACCACGCCCGGCCCGCAGGAAAGCCACACGCUCGGGCGCAGUGACGGCGGGGCAGACCCCGAGGCCACCAGGCGCCUCCAGGAGCAGGCCCUGCUGUCCUGCCGAGGCCUGAGGCGACAGGUGUCCGCGUCCGAGCUGGGCACGUCCGGGAUCCUGGACUCUGAGACCCUGCAGGGCCUGGCCCAGGGCACCAAGACCCUGCAGGAGGUGACGGAGAUGGAAUCGGUCAGGCGCUACCUGGAGGGCACGGGCUGCAUCGCCGGCGUGCUGGUGCCCGCCAAGGACAAGCCCGGGCGGCAGGAGAAGAUGAGCAUCUACCAGGCCAUGUGGAAGGGCAUCCUGCGGCCCGGCACGGCCCUGGUGCUGCUGGAGGCCCAGGCCGCCACCGGCUUCGUCAUCGACCCCGUGCGCAACCAGAAGCUGUCCGUGGAGGAGGCGGUGGCCGCGGGCGUGGUGGGCGGCGAGAUCCAAGAGAAGCUGCUGUCGGCCGAGCGCGCCGUCACCGGCUACACCGACCCCUACACCGGCGAGCAGAUCUCGCUCUUCCAGGCCAUGAAGAAGGACCUGAUCGUCCGGGACCACGGCAUCCGCCUGCUGGAGGCCCAGAUCGCCACGGGCGGCGUCAUCGACCCCGUGCACAGCCACCGCGUGCCCGUGCACGUGGCCUACCAGCGCGGCUACUUCGACGAGGAGAUGAACCGCGUCCUGGCGGACCCGAGCGACGACACCAAGGGCUUCUUCGACCCCAACACGCACGAGAACCUCACGUACCUGCAGCUGCUGCAAAAGGCUACCCUGGAUCCCGAGAGUGGUCUCCUGUUUCUUUCUGUCCUUUGA